AUGCCAGAUCAGGAAACGUUUGAAAAUAUCUACAAGGAUCUCUCAAAGGAGAGUGGAAGAUGUCGUUUCGCAAAGGGUGGUAUGGGAUGGAAACCCGCUGGCGGCUCGACGUGGACCUUGAAUAGUAAUGAAUUUCAGGGUGCGACGUGCCACUGGUCUCGAGCCGCGAGGGGUUAUGAAUGCAAGAUUUAUCUGAAGCUGAAGAAUGAGAUUAUGCAACUUGAUGGAUUUGAGCAAACUGACUUCGACCGCCUGAAAGACAUCCUCAAACAUUCGUAUAAUGCCGUUCUCGAAAAUAGAGAACAUUCGUUGAAAGGUUGGAAUUGGGGGAAAGCCGAAUUUCACAAGAAGGAACUGUUCUUCAAUGUCAACAAUAAACCGGCCUUCGAAAUCCCGUUCGAUGAGAUCUCAAACUCGAAUCUGGCUGGAAAGGCUGAAGUUGCGAUUGAAUUCGCAGACAAGUCCGAUCUGGAGGCUAAUGCCAGUGGGAAGAAGAACAAGAAGGUUUUCGCCGGUGUCGAUCAGCUGAUGGAGAUGAGGUUCUAUAUUCCGGGAAUGCCAGAGAAGGGUGACGGUGAUGAUGAGGAUAAUGAGUCUAAGGCUGGAUCUGAAGACGAAGCCGACGACGAUGGUGAAGGAAAGAAAAAGAAGGAGGCAAGGACGGCCGCUGAGGUGUUUUAUGAUACGUUGGUUACAAAGGCAGAUAUCGGUGAUGUCGCUGGAGAUUCCUUUGCCAUCUUUCCAUCUAUUCUCUUCCUUACCCCUCGUGGUCGUUAUGAUGUCGAUAUGUACGAGGCAUCCUUCCGCCUUCGUGGCAAGACUUACGACUACAAGAUUCCCUACGAAAACGUCAAGAAAUUUUUCCUCCUCCCGAAACCUGGUGAUAUGCAUCAUCUCCUCGUCCUAGGUCUCGAACCCGCUCUCCAACAGGGUCAAACCAAAUACCCAUUCUUGGUUCUCCAAUUCCAACAAGACGAAGAGCUCACCUGUGACCUUAACAUCAGCGAGGCUGAUCUUGAAAACAAAUUCCAAAACCGCCUCCAAAUGCACUAUGAAAACUCAGCACAUCUUGUCCUUUCGUCGAUAUUUAAGGGCGUCACGGGGAAGAAGAUGACUACUCCUUCGAAAGAUUUCACUUCGUACAACCAACAGUAUGGUGUCAAGUGUUCAUUGAAAGCGAACGAGGGUAAUCUCUUCUUUCUCGAUAAGGCGCUCCUUUUUGUGCCCAAACCGGCUAUCUACGUUAGUUUUGACCAUGUGCAGUUUGUUACUCUCAGUCGAUUGGGUGGACAGGUUUCCGCGUCGCGUACAUUCGAUGUUACUGUCAAAAUGAGCUCCGGCAGCGAACACCAGUUCAACAAUAUCAACCGAGAGGAGCAGGCUUCGCUCGAAAACUUUUUCAAGGCUAGAGGGGUUAAGAUCAAGAAUGAUCUAGUGGAGGACACGAGCUUACUCCGUACCGCUUUGGACGAUGAAAUGGGUGAUGACGAUGACAUGGAGGUCUCCCGUGUCGACAGAGGCAGCGCUGAUGAGGAUGAUGAGAGUGUCGACGAGGAUUUCGAGGCAGAAUCAGAGAGUGAUGUUGCUGAGGAAUACGACUCUAAUCACGAAAGCAGCGGCAGCGGAUCUGAAGACGAGGCUGGCGGAGCUAACAAUGACGAUGAUGACGAUGAUGAUAUGGAAGUGGAUGAAGAAAGCGAGGAAGACCAGAGGCCGGUUAAGAAGAAGGCGAAGACGACCAAGUAA